AGCAGCAGCGUAGACUCAGUGAGGCGUAGCUCGGUACCUGCAGGGCUAUUGAUCGUGUACGAGCACCAUUACACUCACAGAUCACGGCCACAACACCACCUGGAACCACAAGUCACGCCUCGCGCCAGAAGCCGAGCAUAGAGUGAUACCACUGAGGCACGCUUUGCAGCCCUCGGACGUCGACGCGCACGUCUCGAAAUAGACGCAACGAUGCCAUCGGACACCGACACCACCGUCGGCCUCGUGCUGCUCAACGUCGUCAUGUACGCGUUCGCCUAUCAACUGCAGCGCCCGGUCGAGCCGUUCCUGAUAAAAAGUCUUAGCGAGGGCGCCGACGCCAAGACCGUGGCGAAGACGUACGGCCGCCUGCAGUCCUUCUUCCAGGCCGCGCAGACCAUCGGCUCGCCCAUCGUGGGCGCGCUGCUGGACAAAAUCGGCGCGCGCUACUGCAGCGUGAUCGUCUUUCUGGCGUCGGCGUCGUCCUACGCGAUCCUGGCCUCCUCGACGACGCUGUCGCAUCUGUUUUUGUCGAAGCUCGCGGCGACGCUGCAAGCUGGGUUCCUGGUCGCGCAAGCUGGCGUCGCCGCCGCGACUGCCACGGCGCCGCCCACCGUCCGAGCCGCGGCGCUCGGCCGCCUGACCACCGCGUAUACGAUCGGAGCUACGGUGGGGCCAACCGUGGGCGGUUAUCUGGGAACGACCGGAGACCUCUAUCGAGGCGCGAGGCUAGCGGUCGGCGUCUCGCUGCUCUCUACCCUGCUAUCACUUGGAUUGCCAAAGGGUACGUGGGUGCGGAAAGACAGCGAUAAGACGAGCACCGGCAUCUGGCGCUCCUUCGAGAUCGCGCGGCGGCCGAACGUGCGAGGACUGCUCCUGGUGAAGGUGCUGGGCUCCGUCGCGUCGUCGAUGUAUGGCACGACCUACCCGCUCGUGCUGACCACGGACCUCGGCCUCAACGCCCAGACGCUCGGAUUUUUCAUGAGCGCCUCGUCGAUCGCGGUCGCGAUACUGGGCGCGUUCGGGAUGGCGCCUUUGGUCGGUUUUUUCGGGCCUCGUCGGUUAGCCCGCUACGGCCUCGCGGCGCGCGCGGGACUCGUGCUUCUAUUCUCGGUCCUCGUCGGGUAUGCAGCGGAUGCAUACGGUACCGAGCAGGCCUUGGCGCAUAGGACGACGUACGUGUGUUGGCCGUGUCAGACCCACCCCGCGUCAUCAAGAUGACAUCGAUGUCCACGCAGGUGUGCCACGCGUCGGUGUUACAUGCGCUCGCGGCUCACGUCCUGGCGACUUCGCUCACGACGCAGACGACUGGGCUGGUCGCAGCCGACGAACAGGGGGCAUUAUUGGGCCUUGAGCACGCUUUGUUUGCCGGCGCGCGCGUCGUAGGUCCUAUCAUGGGUACGUCUUUGCUCGCGGCCGGUGGGGUCAAAACAGUCGCUGUCGUCUGCGCCGUCGUCGACGUGGCGCUCGCGCUGACACUGCGCGACGGCUCCGCGAAGGAGGCCGCGGAGGAGGAGAAGACGAACUAGCUAGGAAUAAGUAUCUUUUGUGAA